CGCAUCGUAUUGCAUCGCAUUGCAUGUUGCAUCAUACAUCAUGCUUCGUCAAUAACUGCUAUCUCAGGAAGGCAUCGGAAGUCCGUUUCGAUAAAAACAACAACUAGAAAAUCCACUGCGUGUCAUUCCUUAUUGUUCAUUCAUUCAUGGAAGACUGUUGAAUCAAUGUCAUCGCACUAGUGGAGGACCUGGAGAAGCCCGGCAUCAUCUCGUCAUGGAUUCUGGUGGAUCAUCAUCAAGCUCGACGGCUUCGCAAGUGAGGUCCAAGUACGGCCAACCAGUGACGUCUUCGCCUAGGACUCUAGAGUCCAAUCGACGUCGUUUGGUCGGACUGUUCUCGAGCUUCUCGAUAGGGUCGUCAUUGGAUCAGAGUCCCUCAGGACAGUCACAGAAGAGUGACGAUGUGAUCCCUGCUGGGCAAUCGGAAUCGGACUCCCAGCAGUCUGGUGGUUCCGGAACGACUCUCAUCAAUAAACCCUGGUCAUGGUUCCAUACCGCUACAACAUCCGAUAAGCCAAUGGGUGAAUCAAGCCGUUCCGCCACUGUACGCGAUUCAGCCGUCAUAGUUGGAACUGGGCAUCCGUCUACUGAUCCCUCCUCGCCAUCUCGUCUUCUUGCCCUGCCCGACGAAAUACUCGUGCACAUUCUCCUUCAUCUAGAUUCCUCUGCUUCGGAACUCCUCAACAUAUCGCUCGUCUGUCGGCAUCUACACAGUCUCUCAAAAGCCCCAGUCCUAUGGUACGAUCUCUACACUCGAUCCGGGUUUUCCUUGACUCCCCAUGCUCUCGAUCACGUAGCAGCUGUCUUGGAUCCUCCAAAUGGCUACUGGGAAAGAGACCGCUGGAUCAGAGCGUCAUCAUCGCCACAUAACAGUGCCGAUUGGUCUCAUACAGACACCAGCGCUGGCAAACCUUUAACAUUACGUCGUCGUCUUACGGAUAGCCCUAAAUUCAGUCCCAGUCCCAGGAAGCGACGUGAACAAACUUUUGCACCGAGCGAUGAAUUAGAAAUACAUUACCCUACGCUGUUCCGUUCGAGACUCGCCCUCCAACGUCAACUCCAUGACUCACUCACGCAUAUACCGUCUGGUCUACCUCAUCAACAUACGCUCUCAUCGCACACCAAUGCAGUGUACUGUCUACACCUUUCACUACCUUAUCUUUUCACUGGAUCGAGAGAUCGGACCAUGCAACUCUGGCGCCUCCCUGAUCCGUCUUCCUACGACCUCCCCGUCUUAAUCUUAAGCGUCGAUCCGGCUCAUGGAGGAAGUGUUUUGACCAUGGCAUUUGAACCUUGGGAAGAUCGCUCGGGAGGGUUGUUGGUCACGGGUAGCUCUGAUCAGACAGCGGGCGUGUGGACUGUCGACUUUGGCUCGACAAUGGGGGCGGUUCAUGAUGCUUCCGUUGGAGAGAAGCGGAUGGCCUCCAUCAGUCGCAUUGCGACGCUUCGUGGAUGUAGCCGUGGAGUCUUGGGCGUAGCGCUGAGCAAGACCAAGAUAGUCUUAUCGACGAAGGAUCCCGAGUUGCUUGUGUAUGACCGAUCAUCGUACAACUUUCUAUGCAAACUGCAAGGUCACGAGAAGCCGAUCAACAGUCUCGCCAUAAACCCAUGGCCGGGCCUCGAGCAAGUCGUCAGCGUGUCAAGCGAUGGUCAUUUGAUCAUUUGGGACUUGAGCACGAUGAAGGAACUGCGGAGAGGUGCAGGCGAUGGACGAGGUCUAGCUUGUGUAGCGUGGGAAGGCAGGUAUAUCCUCGUUGGAGGGAAUGACCGUCUAGUCAGCCUGUAUGAUGCCGGCGACGCAUCUCUCAUUAGAACGUUCGAAGGUAAUCGAGAUCUCGUGCGAGCCGUAUCUCUCGAUCUGUCAACUGGUCUGGUCGUCAGUGGUGGAUACGACGGUUCCGUGAGGAUCUGGGAUCUGCAUUCGGGAUCAUUGAUUCGGAAUCUCACGGCGGGUAGAGCGCAGGAUCUGGUAUUCGCGGUCAAGACGCAUAUAGGCAAGGUGUUGUUUGCCAAUCGCGAAGGGGUGAUUCAGAUUGUCACGUAUGGUUCUGGUCUGCCUUAUCGUGAUCAUUUUGCAUCGUGAUGUAUCGUGUCUGCUGCCGCUGGGUCGAAAUAACAGGCUUCGAAAUAUUCCGCAUCGAGAUCUGAAAGUAUCACUGGUUCGGCAGAUCAAGGCGGGCGAGCCCCGCCGUGGCAAAUGAACCCUCUCUGUCUCGAUGGCGAUGCGA